AUGGCCGGGGAUCAGAAAUAUUCAUGGUUUUUCAACCAAGAGGAAACCAUUUCUGAUCCCGAAAUAAGAUGCCACGGUAAAAGCGAGAUUCUUGACGUUGGAUCAAAGAAAUGGACAAAUGGUACUGACUUCCCCAUCUCUCCUCUUCGCGGGCACAUGAUGACUGCUGACGACCAAUUCGUUUACGUCCUCGCUGGGAAGACAAUUGGAGGAGGUGCCGCUCUCAUCCCAAGCGCGUACAAAUACGACGUUUCAUCUGGAAUCUGGAGCGAAAUCGGCAGUCUUAUUCAACGCUCAAGCUGGCUCAAUUCAGUCACUCAAUUUAAUUCGUCCUGGUACGCUGGCUAUUGCGCCUUGGAAAAGGCGACGUUAGACGAAAACGGAAUGAUCGACUCUGAAAUCAUUCUUCCUGACAAUAACAACUGUUACAUGGAACUGUACUAUGCCACUUUUGUAGAAAUUCCUGCUGGGAAAUGCCAGGCUUAA